GGUAAGCGUUAGAUAAGAGAGGAUAGGAGAGGAAGAAACCAGAGAGAAAGAGAGAAGAAAUGGCGAGUUCUGCAGCAAACUUGGAGGAUGUACCGUCUGUAGAUCUAAUGACGGAACUCCUUCGCCGCAUGAAAUGCUCAACUAAACCCGACAAACGCCUUAUCCUUGUUGGUCCACCUGGAUCUGGAAAAGGUACCCAGUCACCAAUCAUCAAAGAUGAAUACUGCUUGUGCCACUUGGCCACUGGUGAUAUGCUGAGAGCAGCUGUUGCUGCUAAAACUCCCCUUGGAAUUAAGGCUAAAGAGGCUAUGGAACAGGGACAACUUGUUUCUGAUGACCUGGUUGUUGGUAUCAUUGAUGAAGCAAUAAAGAAGCCCUCAUGUCAGAAAGGUUUCAUUCUUGAUGGAUUCCCAAGGACAGUGGUACAAGCCGAAAAGCUUGAUGAGAUGCUUCAAAAGCAGGGAGCCAAAAUUGAUAAGGUACUCAACUUUGCCAUUGAUGAUGCCAUCUUGGAGGAGAGAAUCACUGGUCGAUGGGUUCAUCCUUCGAGUGGUCGGACCUACCACACAAAAUAUGCACCUCCAAAAGUUCCUGGUGUUGAUGAUGUCUCUGGAGAGGCUUUGAUUCAAAGAAAAGAUGAUACUGCUGAAGUUCUGAAGUCAAGGCUGGAGGCAUUUCACAGGCAAACUGAACCGGUCAUUGAUUAUUAUGGAAAGAAGGGUGCAGUUGCUAACAUCCAUGCGGAGAAACCCCCAAAAGAGGUCACCACUGAGGUUCUGAAGGUGCUUUCUUCAUAGGAGCGGCGGAGCCCCUUAUUUUAAUUUAAAAACUUAUUUGACCAUACUGGAUUUGCACUCUUGUAAUCCGAUACAUUGUCGGAACUGCUGAUCCAUCUUUUUUGGUGUCAUAUAAUUUCUUUUUAAAACUGCGGUGAGUCUGCAAUUUUUAGAGUUGCUACUGAACUUAUUUCCAAAUAAAAAAUUUUCUAGUUUUGUA